UGUGAACCGUGCGCGCCACGGUUUGUAGACGUAGUGCUAUAGGGGAGGGAGAGAGAGCGAGAGAGAGCUGUCAAGAGUCUGUUUAGAUUUCUACAUCAGCACAGUUUGAGCUGGCAGGGGAUUUACUCACCAAUUUUCAACGGACUCGCACAUGCGCCAAUCAUAUAAAUCGACGCGGAUAUGUAGCCUACAGUCAUGAUUUUUAUGCACAGGUGAAAAGUAAUGUUUUUCUUAUCAUAGAUUUUCCAAAGAACAGAGGAUAGUGAUAUAGUGUCAGAUCAGUGAACAUCAUAUUUAUAGCCUAGUUAUUGCACAAAUAAUUAUAGACAACACGCGGGAACACCCUUAAAAGUGAACCAUGUCCAGGAAAAAGACCGUGAAAGGCAAGGGGAGCUCCAAAAGCCCUACUUCAUCUCCGAACAACAGCAAAGACAGCGGGAAAAGUGGGAGUGGGAUCGGAGCUGCGGCCCCAUCCAACGGAGUGGUGUAUCCGAGCCGCCCCUCGCUCAGCAACAGCGGGGAGUUUUAUGAUAUCGCUUUUAAGGUGAUGUUGGUGGGAGACUCAGGUGUAGGGAAGACUUGCCUGCUGGUUCGCUUCAAGGACGGCGCUUUCUUGGCCGGUAGCUUCAUCUCUACUGUGGGCAUUGACUUCAGGAACAAAGUGUUGAUCAUUGAUGCGCUGAAGGUCAAGCUGCAGAUCUGGGACACUGCUGGGCAAGAAAGAUUCCGCAGCGUCACACACGCCUACUACCGCGACGCUCAUGCUCUCCUCUUGCUCUACGAUGUCACUAACAAGGCCUCCUUUGACAACAUCAAGGCAUGGCUGACAGAGAUCCAUGAGUAUGCUCAGCAGGACGUGGUGCUAAUGCUGCUGGGGAACAAGGCUGAUGCGACACACGAGAGAGUGGUGAAGAGAGAGGAGGGAGAGAAACUGGCCAAGGAGUUUGGUGUGCCCUUCAUGGAGACCAGUGCAAAAUCUGGCCUGAACGUGGAGCUGGCAUUCACUGCUGUGGCCAAAGAGCUGAACCACAGGUCGAUGAAGGAGCCUGAUGAACCAAAGUUUCAGCUACAAGAUUAUGUCAACAAUGAGAUGAAGAGUGCUAGCUGCUGCCGCUCAUAAACCUGUUCUCUCUCUGUCUGGUGUGUGUCUGUCUAGUGUCUGUCUGUCUGGUGUCUGUGUGUGUCUGGUGUUUGUG